UAAAAAUCAAAUAUCAAUUUCAAAUAUGGUACCAUACCCUGCCUACCCUUUUGGCAUGGAAUGAAAUGCUACAUCUGCCAUAAUUUGAAAGUGAAGGGGCCAUUAUUGAACAUUGGUGAACCUCAAGGGUGGAGAUAAGCCCUCCUAAAAUCCUUGAGGUGAAUCUAGUCCAGCUCGCAGCAGCCAUUGAUCUUCUCUCUAAAGGGUUUCUUAUCCAUUAUGCUGAAACAGUUUCAUACCCCCAGAUCUUUACUCCUUUUCUGCUCUACUAAACCCCUUUGGAACUUAGAAAUAUCUAUGAACUUUUCAUGUGGGGUUCGCCCGAAAUCUCACCAACAUUCGAUUACUGUUAGAAGUUUUUCCACGGAAAUUGCAGAGGGUAGUGAAAAGAGUCUUCCUUGGCUUGGAGAAGAUAAAGUUAAACAAACUAAAAGACCUGAAAAGGUGGUUGUGAACAGGUCUUCUUGGGGGGAAUCGGCUGAUAAGUUGUUUAAAGGUGCUGAGGGAAGUGUAAAAUUUAAGAGAUAUGAGGAUAGACGAGACAAUUAUAAGAGCACAAGUAAUAGUGGAGAAGAAGAUGAUGAAGGAGAAAUGGAUGAUCCGAGAUGGGAUAAGAUUAAGAGCAGGUUCAGUCGGAUUAAGGUAAGACCGAGGUCUGAUAGGCCGGAGGUUAGAAGGUGGAACAAUCAAGAUAGUUGGGGUAAAAAGACAUGGAAAGAGGCUUCUGAGUCAACCCUACCGAGAAUGAUAGGCGAGGGGGUUUAUGGUGUUGGCCCUGUUUUAGCUGCAUUGUCAGCUGGAAGAAGGGAAUUUUAUGGUCUCUAUAUUCAGGAAGGGUUGGAUUUGAGUGGGAAUAACAGGAAGAAGAAGGAUAAGAAAGGGUUUGAGAGAGUUUUGAGGACAGCGGAGAAAGUUGGAUUAAGUACAAAGGAAGUAUCUAAACAUGACCUCAAUAUGAUUAGUGAUAACAGGCCUCAUCAAGGACUGGUCCUCGAUACUUCUCCAUUGGAAAUGGUUGGUAUCAAGGAAUUGGAACCUGUUUCAAUAGAGGAAGAUACAACUCCUCUUUGGGUUGCUUUGGAUGAGGUUACUGAUCCUCAGAAUUUGGGUGCAAUUAUACGGUCUGCUUACUUUUUCGGAGCUUCUGGGAUUGUUUUGUGUGCUAAGAACUCUGCUCCAUUGAGUGGGGUAGUGAGCAAAGCAAGUGCAGGCUCACUUGAAUUAAUGGAGCUGAGGUCUUGCAAGAAUAUGAUGCAGUUCCUAACGUCUUCGGCAGAAAAUGGAUGGCGUGUCCUAGGUGGUUCUGUUUCUUCAAGAGCUGUUCCAUUGCAUGAGAUUGUGCCUGGUGCUCCUACAAUCCUUGUUUUGGGAAGUGAAGGGACUGGUCUGAGACCAUUGGUGGAGAGGUCAUGUACUGAAUUAGUUAGAAUUCCGGGAAAUAUCCCUUUGGAUAUAAUUGCUGCAGAAGAUGAGGAUGCUGAGAGUGAUAAUAGUAUUUUAGGUCAGAACUUUAGAUCCUUUAUGGCUGUGGAGAGCUUGAAUGUAAGUGUUGCAGCAGGUGUGCUUCUUCAUCACUUGGUUGGUAGCAAAAACAACUAACAACUUAAGCAAGUUUAUGUAAUUUUGUGAGACUUAAUUUUGAUUGUUUCAGUGAUAUUCAUUUGCAUUUUCUUGGCCUUCUUUAUGUGGCCAUCGCAAUGAAUAUUUUACAACACUUUCUUUCGGAAGUAUGCAGACAGGCAUUUGGUGAUUUUUCUGCAAUGGAUUGGCUUUGUUGGCAUUACAUCUCAAAUUGCUCUAUCCAAGAUUGUUAAGGUUUUAUUGAGCCUAGUUCAGCUUGUGAUAUUUUAAUGCAAAGAUUUGUUUUUUUUUGGAGCUACUUUUGCAGGACCGGUAGCUUCGACAGAACUUGUUGAAAUUGACAAUGCAUGAAUGCAUAAGGUAUGUAAAAUCAACUAGAGCACAGCCAUUGUGAAGCUUGUUUGCAGGUUUAAAAUGAAAUUGCUUAGAUAAAUGUAGGUAUUACUUUUUAGGAGAAUUUGAACUGCUUAACACUAUAAUCAGGAUAAAGGUUUUAUGAUGUUUCGUUGUGGGAUAGUAGCAGGGCCUAUCCUUUUCUUCUUUUUUGUUUUUUCAGUUGACUUCAUUAUUACCUAGGGAUUUUUAGUUUACUCUUAAGAGUCAUGCCUGGUUCUGAAAUAACUAAAAGUUUGACAACAAACACAUAAUGAGCACAGUUGAGUAUUUUCUCAUGAUUAUAAAAUGCUACAACCAUGGAUUUUAAGAUAAAAGAUCUUCAAAUAGUCUGGUGAGACUGUUAAAUGAUUGUUGGAACGAUUUUGACUAACAAAAGAGCUGAAAAGGGGGAAAGAAUAACCCCUUCUCAAAUAAGAGCACGAGGCAUAAGUUAUUCUCUUUUAAGCGAAUGCCUUCUCAUUAACUAUUUGAAUUUCUUCCCAGGCUAUUUUCUUAAUAUUCGUUUCAUAUCUAGGACAAAUAAUAAGUUAGAGCAAGAAACUUCUUGUUCAUAGCUUGUUAUUGGGCAGAGAUUGUUAGUCGUGUGAUUUUCUUCACAUUAUUGCCUGGAGUUUUCAUGAAGUUGUGAUUUUCAAGGAGAAUGGAAGAAGCAUUUUUCAGGACUCCUUUGAAAUAUUGAGUAGUUGUUCCUUCUCAUGCACUUUUCUCAAUUAUCUGUUUCCAAUGCCCAGAAUUCUGAUCUUAUCUCCUCCUUUUUCAACUAAUGUUACUCCUAAAGAUUUAUUUGGUCCCAAACAGAGGCUAAAACCAAUAUUAGCAUUACCUUCACCAAAGAGGCAAAGUCAUCAAACAAUCACUGAAGGCCAAAUACAUAAACAAAUCCCUAAACUUGUUGGGUUUUUCUCUCAGCUCACUUUUGCACCCAAGGAAGUGGCCAGUGGUCGAUGAAGUGAAUUGAGAACCAUGAGGUCCUAGAUAUGAUAGAUGGUUUCCUUUUUCAUAUGUCCAAGCCUUGGUGAGCAGAACUGCCUCGUACCUAUGCUGGUUGGUGAUAGUAGGUACUCUGUGUAACUAGUGCAAGCAUACUGGAUAACUAAGGAAUGCACAGAAAUUAUAUGCAAGGUGUCUCUUCUAAGUGUUUGCAUGCUGACACUUUGUAUUGUAAAUGGCCAUGGUGCAUGUAAUCUGGCUCAGAUAUCACCGUGAUCUGGAAAAAAUAAUUUCCAUCAAGCGCAAACUUGUCUCUUUUGUAUUUGUGAAGUUACUACAUUUAUUUCAUGUUUCAUUUUAGGUGUUCA